AUGUCUGCUUCAGUUCAAGCUAGCAAUGGAUCUGAAGAUGCCGGAUUCUCGCUUGACGACAAGCUGAAGCACUCUCAGUUCGAUCCGAUCGACUUUCUGAAUGAUACAUUCCCAGCCCUUAGUCUGUCUUCACAGACCCAAACACAGAAGGCCAGUCGACCGACUCAAAUCCAGAGUGUCAGUGCAGACAUUCUCAAUUUGCUAUCCACUCUGAAUACAUACAACAUCCGCUCUUCCUCAGAAUUGACUUCAUUGACCGAUGAGAUCGUCCGGAGUGGGAAUCGGUUGGCAUAUGAGGUGGAAGUGCUGCGGGGCGAUGUCAAUGGCUUGCAUGAGCUUUUGUCCGAGUCCCUGCGCAAGGACAUAGAACUCUUUGUUGGUGAACAGCUGCCGAAUGGCGCCGUCAAGCCUCCAGGUGACGAGACAGACACUCAUGCCGAAAACGCGGACGAGACUCGAGAAGCGAAGGUGAUCAGUCAUGAUCCUGAUUUCAUAAUACAGCUACGAAUGCUCGGAAAAGCCAAGGCACGUCUGGAAGCCGUCAUCAAUAUCUUUGGGGAAGCCAUGAAAUGGCCUAUCCCGCCGUCCGACAUAUCUUCGUCACUGAUUUCUGUUUCCGCGCCUGAAUUGGGAAUCCAGUACACGGAGGAGGACGAGAAGGCUCGAGAGGUCUUGCGGAAUAUAAGGGCCGAGAUCACUGACUUACUUAACUCAACCAAUGACGGAUUUUCAGGCCUCGAAGCUGCGUCACGAAGGGCCGAAGAGUACCGAUUUUUGGCGCAAGUAUGGAAAGGCACAAGCGAGGAGAAGGCAAGAAAUAAGUUCGUGGAUGGGUUGCUCAAGACCGUGGAGGAUCGCAAGAAGUGGUUGGAGGCUCAGAGGGCUUCACGAGACACAAGGUCAGAUGGUUCGCAGCGAUCUACUUCUGCCAUGGGCCAGCGCUCGAAGGUAUCCAAUGAGGUUGGUGGUGCUGUAGGUCUUUUCAGAAACCUUCAGCGGCUAAAGGACGAUUUAUACCUUGAGUAG